AUCCUAUUGUGAAAAUGCCUUGAGAAUAUAUGCAAAACCUGUGCCUGGAACGACUGCAGAAGAGAUUGCUUGUGGGUUGACAGAAAUUUCAGCUAUUUAUGAGUUAUUUAAUGAACCUGAGGAGGCACUGAAACUCCUGCUCAAGGCAAUGAAACUUUUGGAGGAUAAACCAGGACAGCAAAGUACAAUUGCUGGCAUUGAAGCACGGAUGGGAGUUAUGUUCUAUAUGGUUGGAAGAUAUGAAGAGGCACACAGCUCCUUUGAAAAUGCUGUAGCAAAACUCAGGGCUGGCGGUGAGAGGAAGUCCGCGUUCUUUGGGGUUGUUUUGAAUCAGAUGGGAUUGUCUUCUGUUCAGUUAUUCAAAAUAGACGAGGCUGCUGAGUUAUUCGAGGAAGCAAGACAAAUUCUGGAACAGGAGUGUGGUCCUUGUCAUCAAGAUACUCUUGGUGUCUAUAGCAAUCUUGCAGCAACUUAUGAUGCAUUGGGAAGAGUUGAAGAUGCCAUUGAGAUUCUGGAGUAUGUUCUUAAAUUGAGAGAAGAGAAACUUGGAACUGCAAAUCCUGAUUUCGAUGAUGAGAAGAAAAGGCUGGCCGAGUUAUUGAAAGAAGCAGGCAAAUCUCGCAACAAAAAGGCAAAGUCACUGGAGAACCUUAUCGAUCCCACUUCUAAAACGACAAAGAAGGAGACCUCGAGGAAGUGGUCUGCGUUUGGUUUUAGGAGCUGAUUAUGUAAAUUGGAAUGCAUUUUCUGUAACAUAGGAGAUCAUGUAUAGAGCUAAUCUGUAAUUUGCGAGGCAUGCUGUUUGUUGUCCAUUUGAAUUGCCACUGUCGUUCAUUUUCGUUAUUGUUCAAUUGGUUAUUGGUUUGUGAUUUUGAAGAUAUUUCUGCCAAGAGUGCAGUUCUUCU